UCAGGCACCUUAUAAGAAUUGGUUCGUUAAAGCACCAGCCCUGUUUUGCAGCUGGGAAGCUAAGACCAGAAGUCACAGACGGUGAGGAGCAGAGUUUGGGUGUGGUGAGGUCACUUGUGAGCUCACAAUACAGUUUCCCUGAUGGGGCGGGGUCAAGCUGGGGCCCCUGGCUAGAGGGCAGGGCCGAGGCAGCAUGGGCAGUGGCCUCUAGUGACCAGUCCUAUCAUGGGAAACAGCAGUUCCCACAAGAGGACCAAAGCACCCAAUCAGGCCAGCAAGGACAGGCCACCUGACAUGGACAAGGCCCGUCACAAGCAGUUCUUCAGCCACCUCAAGCGGAAGAAGCCAAGUCCCACAGCUUCACAACACGCCACUUUCCCUUUCUUUCAAUGGCGAGAAGCUCCUGACCCUGCCCGGGUGGGUGAGAACCCCCGCAUCAAGGCUGGGAAAACCAAGAUCGUGCUGCUUUUCCCACUGGACAAGCGGCAGCAGCUGGCCGAGGCAGCGGUGGGCCCAUUUGUGCGGCCAACUGAGGACCCGCUCGGCACCCCGACGUGCUUCCCAGCGGUGGCGCCUAUGCUACGUGGGGCAGGCGACGGCGUGGACAGGCGCGAAGGUGCGCGCGCGCGGGAGAUGAAAAGGAUCCUGGUGCUGCUGCUGCAGCUGGACGCGCGGCUGCAGGAGGAGGGGCGUCGAGUGGCAGGCAGGCCGGGGGGCGGGGCCAAGGCCCCGCAGUGCUGGCAGCCGUUGUAUGCGCACCUGCUGACCCAACGCGAGGCCUGCGGCGAAGGCGACCCCCGCGAGGAGCAGCCGCGCAAGAGGCGCCGCUGCCCUCGCCCGCGGCCCUGAGUGUCUGGCACGACCCCUAGCGCCAGGACUCUGCUCAAUAAAGAGCA